UUUUCCUGUACACUUAAUGUACGGACGACGAGCUCGGUUUCAUAUGGUGCUGUGGCAGCGCGCGGACGUACGCCGUAGAUUCAGUGCUUUCUACCUGAAGCCAAAAUUGAUAUUUCUCUUCUUGUACUGCAAACAGACAUUAAAGGUAGAUGGCCCAGUGGUAUCAGCUGCAGCAGCUGGACUCCAAGUACCUGGAGCAGGUGGACCAGCUGUAUGAUGACACCUUCCCCAUGGAGAUCCGCCAGUACCUCAGCCAGUGGAUUGAGAGCCACGACUGGGAGCAGGUGGCUACCAAUGAAUCUCUGGCUACUGUUCGUUUCCAUGACCUGCUGGCCCAGCUCGAUGACCAGUAUAGCCGCUUCACCCUUGAGAACAACUUCCUUAUGCAGCACAACAUCCGUAAGAUCAAGCGCAACCUGCAGGACUGCUUCCAGGCGGAUCCCGUGCACAUGGCCAUGAUCAUCGGGAGCAGCCUGAAUGAGGAAAAGAAGAUCCUCGCUGUGGCCAUGAAAAGAGAGGAAAACGUGGGUAACACACAGAGCAACAUGGUGGUGGAGAAACAGAAGGAGCUCGAUAACAGAGUUAAAGAGCUUAAAAACAAAGUGCAGGACACAGAGCAAAAAGUAAAAUCCCUGGAGGACCUGCAAGAUGAGCACGACUUCAAGUACAAAACUUUACACAACCGAGAGCACGAAGCAAAUGGGAUGUCCCAGAAGGAGAUUCAGAAAGAGAAGAUGGUUAUCCAGGGGAUGUUCCUGAAGCUGAACGUGAACCGGGAGGAAGUGGUGCGGCAGAUGGCAGAUGCCCUCAAUAUGGCGGAGAAAAUUGAAAUCACGCUCAUCUCGGAGGAGCUGCCUGAGUGGAAGCGGCGGCAGCAGAUCGCCUGCAUCGGAGGGCCACCCAACGCUUGCUUGGACCAGCUGCAGACUUGGUUCACAGCCGUGGCGGAGUGUCUGCAGCAGGUGCGGCAGCAGCUGAACAAGCUGCAGGAGCUGGAGCAGAAGUACACGUACGAGAAUGACCCCAUCACGCUGAAGAAGCAGUUCCUGGAGGACCGUUCCAUGAUGCUCUUCAAGAACCUCAUCGUCAACUCCUUGGUGGUGGAGAGACAGCCCUGUAUGCCCACACACCCACAGAGACCCCUGGUGCUGAAGACAGGGGUCCAGUUCACCGUCAAACUCAGACUGCUGGUAAAACUCCAGGAAUUUAAUUACCAACUCAAAGUCAAGGCUUCCUUUGACAAGGAUGUCCCAGAGAAGAACACUCUGAAAGGUUUCCGCAGGUUCAACAUCUUGGGGACAAACACAAAGGUCAUGAACAUGGAGGAGUCCAACGGAAGUCUGGCUGCAGAGUUCCGACAUUUGCAACUGAAAGAGCAGAAAGCCGCUGGCUCCCGGACGAACGAGGGUCCACUCAUUGUGACAGAGGAGCUGCACUCCAUCAGCUUCGAGACGCAGCUGUGUCAGCCAGGAAUUGUCAUUGACCUUGAGACGAGCUCCCUGCCCAUUGUCGUGAUCUCCAACGUGAGCCAACUGCCCGCUGGCUGGGCCUCCAUCCUGUGGUACAACAUGCUGAGCAACGAGCCCAAGAACCUGUCCUUCUUCCUGAGUCCCCCCCAGGCCUGCUGGAGUCAGCUUUCUGAGGUGCUCAGCUGGCAGUUCUCCUCCGUUACCAAGCGUGGCCUCAACACGGAGCAGCUGAACAUGUUAGGAGACAAACUCCUGGGUCCCGAUGCUGCUGGAAACCCCGAAGGCCUCAUUCCCUGGACCAAGUUCUGUAAGAAUGUCAAUGACAAGAGCUUUCCCUUCUGGCUGUGGAUCGAGAGCAUCCUGGAGCUCAUCAAGAGGCAUCUGCUUCCACUAUGGAAUGAUGGGUGCAUCAUGGGAUUUGUGAGCAAGGAGCGCGAGCGGACCCUGCUGAAGGACAAGGCGCCGGGAACCUUCCUGCUGCGCUUCAGCGAGAGCAGCCGUGAUGGUGCCAUCACCUUCACCUGGGUGGAGCGCUCCCAAAACGAUGAGAUCCAGUUCCACGCAGUGGAGCCCUAUACUAAGAAGGAGCUGACAGCCGUCAGCUUCCCAGACAUAAUCCGGAACUACAAGGUUAUGGCUGCCGAGAACAUCCCCGAAAACCCUCUACGAUACCUGUACCCCGACAUUUCCAAGGACAACGCCUUCGGGAAGUACUACAGCAGACCCACCGAGACAUCGGAGCCCAUGGAUGUGGAGAGUCCCAGUGGGGGAGGAUACAUAAGGACAGAGCUCAUCUCUGUCUCAGAAGUACACCCCUCUAGACUGCAAGACACCAUGCUGCCCAUGUCUCCGGAGGUGUACGGCGCCCUAUCGCAGCUAAUAAACCCUGCAGAGAUCGACACUGUGAUGUGUUCACCAUUCCCAAACUAAACCAGGAUGCCUGUGAGAACGGCAGAGGCAGAAGAUAUGGAGGAUUGCAUGCGUCUUUUCUGAAGAAUUUUCCUCAAUUUUUAUGAUACCUGCGUGUUGACUGUAACUCAUUACCUUUUCGUUAUGAGUCUGAACUGGGUUUAUCGUACAAAGAAUUACCUAAAAGUGCUUUGCCGUUUGAAACGUUAAAUGGUAAAAAGUGUACACUAGGAAUUUUGCUUGGUGCAAUACUUCAAAAAAAAUACUUUGACGUAUGACUUUCAUUUUUUGUCCUCUCGGGGGAGACAGUAAUUCUUUUUCAGUUCUGCAGUUUUUUAGCCAUAAAACAUUGCUUUAUUUAAGAUAUGCUGGAAUAAACAUUUCCACUGCCCAUAACAAUACACGCUGGUAUGGUUAUCUGUGUGAACUGAAAAACCUUACAGAUCAUUGAUAUUCUGGUUUCUACCUUCACCCCAUGUUCUCCGGCAGAUCCAGCAACCUCAAAAGAGCCGACAGUAUUAACCUGACAAAUGUCCCAUUCUGAAAACAAACGUGCAUCAAACUACACUCACAGGACAUGAGCCCCCCUGCAUGGCUCUCGAAAGGUCUUUCAUACUAAAGGAGCAAAAGAAAAUCCCAAUAAUCAUAAAUGUGAUAAAAGCACUGGCACAAAGAGCCCUUAACAGGCCACUGUGUAGCCAGAAACGCCACAGAGAAGUUCAAAUGCACGACAUAAAAUUGUUCUCAAAGGCAAAAACUUGCUAAGACACACACGUAGACACUCAAGGUUGGAAUACCUGCUUGGAAAAAGAAAAGAGGGAAGAAAAAAAAAAAAUUGUUGGAGCCCAGUAAACGGUAGUGUUUAGUAUAGAUGCUCACCAAAAAAAUGGGUAAAUAAUGAGAGCA